AUGUUACUUGGAUUAGUGAUUAUAGUCAGUGGACUAGGAUGUCUAAUGGUGUUGGAACGUCUCUUUCCGGAUCAACCAUUGACAUAUGUACCAGGCUGGUGGAAACGUGUUCUACUCAUUAAUUUUUAUCAAUUAUUAGUGGUGGUCGUCGGUACUUAUACAUGGGAAGCGUGGCUACCUGAUGCACAUUUAUUUCAUUUACGUGACUUUGUUUCACCUCUGAUGGGUGGCAUUAUUGCUUAUAUCAUUCAUACAUGGUUUUUCUAUUGGUUUCAUCGUGCCAGACACAAUGUCUAUUUCUUAUGGCUGUGGUUUCAUCAACUGCAUCACAGUGCACAACGAAUCGAGACAAUAACGUCCUUUUACAAAGCUCCUCAAGAAAUUCUCGUUGAUUCAAUUAUUAUGACGAUAUUGCUCUAUCCAGUACUCGGUCUCUCCAAAGAAUCAAGUGUUUGGUUGGCAGCUUUUGCUGCUUUUGGUGAAUAUGUUUAUCACAUGAAUAUCAAGACACCACGAUGGAUAGGUUAUUUCUUUCAACGUCCUGAAGCUCAUCGAAUUCAUCAUCUACGCAAUAAACGUGAUCAUGGAAAAAAUUAUGGUGAUCUACCACUAUGGGAUAUUCUAGGUGGUACUUUUGAAAAUCCAGCGAAAAUGGAUCAACCAACGGGUUUUUCAUCCAAAGAUGAAAGUAGAGUAUUAGAAAUGAUUUGUGGUCGCGAUGUGUUAUUGUCACCCAAACAAAAAACAAGACAUGCCUAUAAACAACGAUAUACACUCGCAACUAUUGGAGCUAUUCUCUGGAUCAUUCUUGGCCUUGGUCAAUCCAUUGGUUACGUUUUUAACAUGCCACAACUGCGUGGCUUGAGUUUUGCAACCGUCGCAUCUCCAUUACCUCUCGUUUUUUCAGUUGCACCGAAUGGAAUGGAAACUUUUUCUACCAGUUUUCGUCUCCAAGUCUUUGAACAAAUUCAAAGUCAAUGUAAUGAUACUGAAGAGUGUAUAUCUGAUCAUCUAGUGAUGGAUACUGUCUUGACACCAGAGCUCUACGGUACACUUAAUGAUAAACCUUAUAAUUUACGAAAUGCGUAUGGUGUUCUUUUUUCUCAUGGGCCCUUUUUUCAAGAUGAAAAGGCUUUAAAUCUGCGUGAUCGAGUUUUGAAGUAUAGUCUAUGUAAUAAUGGUCCAUUAGCACGUGCAUUCCAUUUACCGAUGAAUACAAGUCGUAUUCUGGUACAUGUGCAUUCUCAUACUAAAACACAGCGACCACAUCAAACAGAUUGGAUAAUGAACAUUACCUGUGUAUAA